CCCGAAACUUCGAAUUUUUCCCCUUCCCUUCUUGCCGGAGUUCCAUAUUUCCAUCGCCGGAGACAUCUACAGUUUCCUCGGCUCAACAAGCUUACAAUCCGUCCUUCCAGCUGGAAAGCAGCGCUUUUUUUUCUUUUUCUUUUUUUUUCCGCCGGAGAUAUCGUUUUUUGGCCUGACACUUCAGAUCUGCCGAAAAAAAUGGCGGAAACCUGCAGCCGGAAGCUCGUUGUCGAAGUUUCCAACGCGAAAAACCUAAUGCCGAAGGACGGACAGGGCACUUCAAGCGCCUACGUCCUCGUCGAUUUUGACGGCCAGCGUCGACGAACGAAGACGAAGUUCCGCGAUCUGAAUCCGCAGUGGGACGAGAAGCUCGAAUUCCUCGUCCACGAUCCCGACUCCCUAGCCUGUGAAACCCUCGAAUUGAAUAUCUACAACGACAAGAAGACCGGAAAGCGCAGCACUUUCCUCGGGAAAGUCAAGAUUUCGGGCAGCAGCUUCGCGAAAUCCGGAUCCGAGGCACUCGUUUACUAUCCGCUGGAGAAAAGGAGCGUCUUUUCGCAGAUCAAAGGCGAGCUCGGGCUGAAGGUCUAUUACAUUGACGAGGAACCGCCGUCUGAUCCGAACCCAGAUGCCCCCGCGGCCACAACUGACGGCGGAGAUGCUCCGAAAGAAGAAGAGAAGAAGAAAGAGGAGAAGCCAGAGGAGAAAACAGAGGAGAAGAAAGAAGAGGGAAAACCAGCAGAAGCAGCAGCAGCUACGCCGGCAGCAAAAGAAGACAAGAAGCCGUCGGAGAAUCCGAAACAGGGGGAGAAGACGCUGGGGCCGGCGUCGGAGCAGGCAGUAGAGAAGCCUCCAAUUGCUGCCGGAGAAGCCAAAGAAGAAAAGGAGAAAUCCGAGAUCGCAAAGAUCCCGCCGGAUUCCGGCGUGAAUGAUGUGACAGUCGGAACUCAGCGGCCGCUCGGCAGCAGCGACCGGGCUGGUGGAUCGUACGAUCUGGUAGAGAGGAUGCUAUAUCUCUACGUCCGGGUCGUCAAGGUGAAACGUACGGAUAAGGAUACGGGCUCGUCUGCGUACGCGAAGAUGGUGAUCGGGACCCACAGCAUCCGUACACGGGCCGUACAGCAUACGGAUUGGGAUCAGGUGUUCGCCUUCCACAGGGAGGAUCUCAAUUCUUCUUCGCUGGAAGUUUCCGUAUGGACAGAAAAGAAAGAUAUACAUACGGAUACGGUUACGGAUGCGUGUAUGGGUACGGUGUCUUUCGACCUCCAGGAAGUGCCCAAGCGGGUCCCACCGGAUAGUCCUCUGGCCCCUCAAUGGUAUACAUUGGAAGGGCAGCCGGAGAACUCGAGUGGAAAUGAUGUAAUGCUCGCCGUCUGGGUCGGGACUCAGGCGGACGAGGCAUUUCAGGAGGCAUGGCAGUCAGAUUCCGGCGGGCUGAUCGUUGAGACCCGAGCCAAGGCGUACCUCUCUCCGAAGCUGUGGUAUCUGAGGCUAACGGUCAUCCAAACCCAGGACCUGCAACUUGGUUCUACUCCCGAACCUAAGGCCCGGGCUCCGGAGCUGUACGUGAAGGCUCAUCUCGGCGCGCAGGUUUUCAAAACGUCCAGGAUCACGAUCAGCUCAUCCGGCUCGGCUAACCCGACUUGGAACGAGGAUCUGGUCUUCGUUGCAGCUGAACCGUUCGAGCCGUUCCUCGUGAUUGGCGUCGAGGACGUGUCGAGCGGACAGUCGGUGGGCCAGGCAAAGGUACAGGUGUCAAGCAUGGACAGGCGCGCCGACGAUCGUACGGAGCCACGAUCGAAGUGGUUCAAUCUCAUCGGUGACGAGAGCCGACCAUACGCGGGGCGCGUACACGUGCGGGCUUGCCUGGAGGGUGGGUACCACGUGCUGGACGAGGCGGUCCAUGUCGCGAGCGAUGUCCGAGCUGCGGCGAAGCAGCUAUCGAAGCCGCCCAUCGGCUCGCUUGAGGUCGGCAUACGUGGCGCUGCCAACUUGCUGCCGAUGAAGACAAAGGAUGGCGCGCGUGGGACCACUGAUGCGUAUGUCGUGGCGAAGUACGGUCCCAAGUGGUUCCGCACGCGUACACUACUGGACCGGUUCAAUCCUCGGUGGAACGAGCAGUACACGUGGGAUGUAUACGAUCCGUGUACCGUACUCACCAUCGGCAUAUUCGACAAUGGACGGUAUAAGCGCGACGAAGGAGGCAAGCCAGGGAAGGAUGUACGCAUUGGGAAGGUGCGGAUUCGUCUCUCUACACUCGACAUCAACCGCGUGUACCUGAAUUCAUACGCGCUCUCGGCGCUGCAUCCGUCGGGAGCGAAGAAGAUGGGCGAGAUCGAGCUGGCAGUGCGGUUCUCAUGCUCCUCGUGGCUGAACCUCCUGCAGUCGUACGCUAGCCCCAUGCUCCCGCGGAUGCACUACGUCCGCCCGCUGGGGCCCGCCCAGCAAGACAUCCUCCGUCAAACGGCCAUGCGCACUGUCACCGCGCGGCUCGCACGUGCCGAGCCUCCCUUGGGACAGGAAGUAGUCCAGUACAUGCUCGACUCGGACACGCACGUGUGGAGCAUGAGGCGCAGCAAGGCGAACUGGUUCCGCGUGGUCGGCUGCCUUUCGUGCGUUGUAACCCUAGCGCGGUGGCUCGAUGGGGUACGCACGUGGGCCCACCCAUCGACGACUCUACUGGUCCACAUGCUCCUCAUGGCGGUCGUGCUGUGCCCGCACCUAAUCCUCCCAACCGCGUUCAUGUACCUCUUCUUCAUAGUAGUGUGGCGGUACCGGUACCGUUACCGGGCCCCCGCUAGUAUAGACCCGAGGCUUUCCUAUAUCGAUGCAGUGGGGCCCGACGAGCUCGAUGAGGAAUUCGACACGUUCCCGACCACACGUGGGCCCGACCAAAUCCGCAUGAGGUAUGAUAGGCUGCGGGCCUUGGCGGGGCGAGCACAGUCGCUGCUGGGGGACAUGGCCGCACAGGGGGAGCGGGUGGAAGCGUUGGUUAACUGGAGGGACCCACGGGCGACAGGGAUCUUUGUGAUGUUCUGCCUCGUUGCUUCAUUGGUGCUGUAUGCGGUGCCUUUCAAGGCGCUGCUGCUGUGCUUGGGCUUCUAUUACCUGCGGCACCCGAGGUUCCGUGACGACAUGCCGUCAGUUCCCCUCAACUUCUUCCGGCGUCUCCCUUCUCUUGCCGACCGGAUCCUCUAGAUUCUCAGGCUGCUCUAACACACUUUCCGGUUAGAUUGGACGGUUACGAUGUACGGUGCUUAUUUAAUGUCAUUUAAUUUAUUGUUUUAAUCGUCUUUUUCUAAA